AUGCCGUUCCCUGCCUAUGACGAUGGCUUGGACUACUUCCAACAACCUCCAGUAGCAGGUCCGUCCACAACACCCAUGGAGUACCUAUCACCCGGCCACGCAAGCAGAGCACGGCUGUCCAGGACAACAUCCUUUGCCUCCAACGCCAGCUCUGCACGAAGCAUAUCACAGUCAGACGUCGGCUCUCGCAGCACAUCUCCCAACACGGCCGAAAUGGCGAAGUGGGGCGCACGGAACGAAGAUGGAAGCUGGUCGUGUUCAUACCCUGGCUGUGUCUCGCGAUCCACUUUCACCAGAGGCUGUGACCUACGCAAACACUACAAGCGGCACACGAAAUCCCUAUUCUGUCGAGCUGAGGGAUGUCCCCAAGCGACUGAAGGAAGCUUCUCAAGCAAGAAGGAUCGCGCUCGGCAUGAGGCGAAACAUAAUCCUACGAUUAUGUGCGAAUGGGAUGGUUGUGGGAGACUCUUCUCGAGGAACGAUAAUAUGAAGGACCAUGUCAGACGAGUACACCAACGACGCAUAACUUGA